AUGAUAUUUCUGAUCGGCGCCAACGAUGCCUCCUACAAGAUCUUCCUGCCGAUUUACAUAAUGCACGACGCGAAACUACAAACAUUCCCCAAUUUUUCGUUCAUUUUACUAGAGCUACUACUCGACAUUCUCGCCGUCUACUAUGUGCUCAAAUGUGUGUACAUCACGGUCACAAUUCGAACGUUUCACAAAAAUAUGACAAUUUUGAUUGUGCUCUUUGCCGCGCAAUGGUUUUUGGUGCUUUUCGCGAACUUUCUGACGAAACCCUAUGAAAUGGGAUGGCUAACGAUUGGCGAGACUUCAAAUCUGAUUGUGAACUUUGUGUCUCAAAAUCCCGAGUAUAUGGUGAAGGUGGCGAGCGGGUCCGGUCACGAGCUAUUCUUUUUCGCCGGCUUUCUCAAAUGGUAUUAUGUGUUUUCGAUGGCGCACGCUUCCCUGGGGUUCGCUGUCGAACGGGCGGCCGCCUGCUAUUUCCUCAACGAUUACGAAAAGACGCCGCGAAGUUAUUUGGCCGUUUUCAUAUUGAUCGGAGUGCAGGGCUACAGUCUCGGCGUCACCUUUCUCAUAUUCUACAAUCAGUUCUACUUUCCAUGGCCCUACUUUUUGAUCGGCGGUUACAAUGGAAUUAGCCUAAUGGUGAGCCGAAAACAUGCACAUGUUUUGCAUACUUUCAACGCUAAUCUAAUCAUAAAACACGGUCUCCAGAGCUUACAAUGGGCGCGCAAGUGCGCCCCGCCCAAUAAGACGAUUCAUUGGCGCGAAAUUCAAAUUUUAACAGCAAAAUUUGUGUUUUUUGCCAGAUUAGACACGAAAAACCGAUAAUUUCUCAUUUGUCUCUCGAUAGACCGAUUGUAUAGGCUAUUACGAAUUUUUUAAGCGCAAGAGCGUCAAAUUUGGUCAAGUCGCAAAUCACAUUUAUCCGUUUGAAGGUUUUUGGCUAAAACUGCGUGAAUUUCAGUUGCUUUUCGGUGAUUUUUGCGGUUCGAGCGAUCAAAAUGCUUGUAUUUACGUGAUUUAUCAUUCUCAAAACCAAUUCUGUCUGAAAACGGCCAAGAAAGCGCCGAGUCCGCGAAAGAUGCGCCAAAACGUCAUUAAUUCUGAGAAUUAGUGUGUUUUCAUGUCGAACAAUCAUUUUUCAUCGCCUUUGACCACAAAAAUCAGAGAAAACGUGCUCAAUUUAUGAAAACGCCAUUUGGCCGAGGCCACGCCCAUAUUGUCAGCUCUGGAGACCGUGUAAAACAAUAUUCCAUUCAGCUCUUCUUCUACUGCCAUCGAUACAACACAAAAGUCACCGAAACGAUUGAAAACUUCUCGAAUCCCGACAAUUACACGCUGGCGGCGAGAUUUCAAGCCAAAGAGAACAUCCGCUGUUUCCAAAUGAUUUACAAAGUGAUAAUAGCCGGAAUCGUCAGUAUCGUCUUCAACUGCUCCGUUCUCAUUUUCAUCUAUUUGGGAACUUUCGAGCAGUUCGACAACACUUUGAACUUUUUAUUUCAAGGCGUCUUCAGCUUUUUGUAAAUUUAUUCUAACUUCAUUUUCUGAUAUAACAAUGCUUUGUUCGUUCAGAUGUCCGCUCAUCAUCUGCCCAACAAUCAUCUAUUCCGUGGAGUCUUGGCGCAAAUUCGAAUUUUCAAAAAGCCCAUUUUGGAAACGGAUUCGAAAAAUGAGAAAUAAGAGGAAGGUUAACACCAUCCCGAUUUUAGUCAAGCACGAAAACAUUCGAAAGGAAACUGACACCUAUUUCGAGCAAUUUAACGCGUCCUGGCGCUGACUUUGACUACAUUAUCUUUUUAUCCGUUACCGAUGCUCGGACAAUGAGAAACUGAGAUUUCGAUGUGUGCAAAAGUGCGUGAUGGUGUUUGCGUACACUUGGAACGCAUAAUAACGUUCCGAAUUAACCCCUCAGGGGCCUAUAUUUCACUUACACUUUGUAUAAACUAAGACUGACAGACUGAUAAAUAAACAAAUGCCAUGUACUUGAUCUUUUUUCGAACUUAGAUGUAUUUUUAAUGAAUUUUAACUAAUGUUAUUGUAUUUCUCACACAUUUCGGUCUAAAAUUCAACAUGAAGCCUGGAAAUACAAUCCGAUUUCGCGUAAUCUUCGAAGCGUAUCAUUAAUCUUGUUUCCGGUCGAAAGACGCCGUCGCCCGUGGCAACGCACUUUCAGCUGAAUUCACCUUUUGUCUCCUUUAUAUAUUUCUUCACUUCUGCCGCUUCUAUUCCGCUUAAUCCCGAAAAUUUUGGCCUAAAAUGGACAAAUUCAGGAAGACUAGGGGGAAAAUGGAGAUUCCGCCGGAUACAAAGUUGCGCAUCCGAUUGUGAGUUUUUAUUAGCUGAAAAGUAUUUAGAAUAUCAGAGAAUCAACACAUUUUAAUGCGAAAACGAUACGAUUUCUGUGGUUUAGGUCGAAAAUCUGAUAAAUCUGAAAAUUUGCAUUCAAAAAUUGGCCAUUCUCGGCCCAAAAAGUGUGCAAACACCACGGGUCCGCACGCGCUUAAUUUGACGACAUUUUUUAAAAAUUACUUCAGCGAAUUUCAGCUAAAGAAUUAAAUUUCAGCGGAAAAUCGGUGAUGCCGGUUGGAGAGACGAAGCGACUGCUGUCCGGCUACGAAAUGCCCGUGUUCGGCUUCGGCACGUGGCAACUUUCGAGGGGAAUCGCCGGCGAGCGCGUCCGCGAGGCCCUCGAGGUCGGAUAUCGGCACAUUGACUGCGCGACGGGCUUCGGGAAUCAGGCGGAGUGCGCCGAAGGCAUCAAGGAGUGGUGUCGCAUCCGCAAAGUCAAGGUUUGUACGCGAAAUUUGCAAAAAAAAUCGGGAUUUAACGGAAAAAAUCAAUUUUGCAGCGAGAAGAGCUAUUCAUCUCGUCGAAAAUCUGGAAUACCUUCCAUUCGUACAAUCGGUGCGUGGAAGAGGUCAAUAAAAUCCUGGAGGAAUUCGGCACCGACUACCUGGACUUGGUGCUCAUUCACUGGCCGUACGGGUGGCUGGAGGGCGGCACGGGCACGGAUUACCUGUUUCCGAGAGGGAGGAGCGGGAAAAUGGAGCAGUCGACGGUGGAUUUCAUGGAAACGUAUAGGGCUUUAGAAGCGGCGCAUCGACAGAAAAAGAUCCGGUCGAUCGGACUGGCCAACUUCAAUUUGAAGCAGAUCGAACGGGUCUGGACGGAAAGCACGGUCAAACCGGCGGUGGUUCAGGUCGAAUUGAAUCCGUACAUCACGCAGAUGGACAUCCGCAACUGGUGCUCCGAACGGGGAAUUGUCGUGUGCGCCCACAUGCCCAUCGGAAAUCCCGGAUCGAAUGUAUUUCGGAAGAGCGGAGAUCCGAACCUGUUGUACGAUGACAUUUUGCAGCCGAUCGCGCGGGGGCAUGGAAAGGUUUGUGGGCGGCGAAAUGAAAAAACCGGUAUCCAGAAAUUCAUUUUCAGACUGUCGUUCAAAUAAUUCUUCGCUGGAUUUUCGACAGUGGCCUCACGGCCGUCGUCAAAACUUCUGAUAUGAGUAAGUAUUUUUCCAGAUGUUUCUGUAAAAAAUCAAAAAUUUGCAGAACGGAUCAAACAAAACGUAAACGUGUUCAAAUUCCGUCUGACACCCGAACAAAUGGCCCAAAUCGACUCGUUGAAUCGCGAUUUUCGAAUUCUGAAUCCGAUUAUCGGAAACUUCGAGAACCCGCAUUUCCCGUGGCCGCAUCGUCCGAUUCAAUAA